CGUCUGCAACUCAUGGGUACGGCUUUUACCUUUUUUUCUUUUUCUUUUUCUUGGGUAAAUGAGUCUUACCAUUUUUAACGCAGACUAGUUUGCUAUUCGUCAAGUUGGUGUGCUAUAAAGGCACACGUCUACCCUCCUCAGCCAUCACAUUUCACAGCAUCCACCACCACCAACCCCCAGAGAACGGAGGGGUAGUACCACCAGAGGCCGGCCAACUUCCUUCUCUGGCUUCUCUGGAGCUGAGACAAUGGAAGGGAAUGGGGGAGCAAAGAGGCCAGCUUUUGUUGUCUCUCCAACUCCACCACCUCCACGUCCAUUAGCCGAGGGAGAUGAGGAGGAACAGAUGGAGAAGUUCUAUGCGCUGCUGGAAAACAUCAAAGCCAUGAGAGGGCUCUGGAGGACCAACCCGGCAAACAAGAGACCGAGGAGGGAGGAACCGCUCUGGCAGCCAAGGUUCGUGCGGGAGGACUUCAAUGACCGCAACGAAGACUCUGGAAUCCCGGUAGGUGAAUCGCAUUCUUCCAAGGAUGGAGAGAGAAAGAAAGGGAAAGAGAAGGAACAGGGAGGAGAAGAGGGGAGCACUGUGGAUCUCAGCCUUUCCCUUUAGUAAAAACCAUUCCACGAUCAUUAAUUUGUAGUGGAAUAUGUAUGUCCCAAAAAAUUUGAGAUCGAAUGGAACUUCUCUCAUUCUUUUUUGUCA